AUGCAAUACUCAAGCCUCCUCCUCGUCGCUCUUGCAGCAUGCGUUGUCUCAGCACAGUCUGGAUCUGAGGAAUCCUCAGCCAUUUCAUCAUCGAAGGCAACGAACAGUGGCAACGGCGGUACCAAAACAACGGCCACCGGUGCCACCGAAACUAGCAAGAAGAGUAGCACCUCCACUUCCACCGGAAAGAGUAGUGGCUCAAACUCCACAAAGUCUUCUUCCACCGGGAAAGCGAAUGGCGCUUCUAGUACCUCAAAAAGCGGGGCAUCAAGUACGAAUUCAUCAUCACUACCCAAGGUGACAACUGGCGGAGCCCAGUCACUGAUGGCGCAGAGCGGGGGUAUGGUCACCGUUGUUGGUCUUGGUGUUGUAUUUGCUGUUUUUAUGUGA